AUGCGUUUCAUUCGUCUGCUUCCUCGUGUUUAUCGUUCAUUCAUUGAUAGAGGUAUUUCUACCUCUUCAAAUCUGAGUUCUGAACUUCAUUUGACGUUUGCAUGUCCACGUUCUGUCUUCUACAACAAUGCUGAAGUCAAGCAGAUAGAUAUACCUGGCAGCUCUGGUGCUUUUGGUAUUCUUCCAGAACAUGUGCCCACUAUUGCUACUCUCCGUCCUGGAGUAGUUGCUGUGACUGAGAAAGAUGGAGCUAUCAAGAAAUAUUUUGUUAGCAGUGGAAUGGUUACAGUCAAUGCUGACUCCACAGUCCAGGUUUUGGCUGAAGAAUGCUUUCCUUUAGAGAAAAUAGAUCCUCAGUUAGUUCGUGAUAACUUGGCCAAAGCUCAGUCUCAGUUCUCUUCCGCCCCAUCAGAGGAAAAGAAGGUUGAAGCCCAGAUCACUAUGGAGGCCUACGAGAGCAUGUUGAGUGCUUUGUAA